GGGAUAGAGGUGCCGGACCAGGACCCGUUGAUGCCAAGGUUUGACCACGCAGUGAAGGUUUACAUUGGGAGGAAAAGGGAAGGCGAGUCUGACUCGUGAAGCUGUAGGGAAGCCUGGAGCUAGAGCGCAGGCACUGGGUAGAUGGGUUUUGCCGGUGUAGGGGGCUGCCCCCUCGAGAGCGAGGUGCCCAAAGACCCCUGUUGAUAAACACGGUACGUUGCCGGGCCGCCCUAACUCCCGUAGGUCCAGGCUGUUGCUACCAUCAAGGAGCUGUUUAUGGAGCCACCUCCCCACGGACCAGCCUCCAGUGUCCCUAUCUACUCUCCCUACAACCAAAGCUCAUGAGGCCUUCCCUCCAGGGUUCUCAGCCUAGCUGGCCCUGGGAAGCUCGAGCUGGGGAAUGCUAACCAGCACGCAGCUCUCGCCGCUCCAGCCUUGAGGGGAAGUCAGUGAUGGAUACGGAUACUCUCUCCAACCUGGCAUCGAAACAGUUAACUAACCUCCAGGUCCACAGAGCAACCUUCUACAGGGGCCAACCCUCCGCCUUUGCGGGAGGAGGAGCCGUUGCCGGUUCAGUGUUUUCAUUGGUGAGUGUGAUCGGGGCCUUCCAGGACCCACCAAUCCAGGAGCAGGAAGGCUUCACCAUGGGCCGGACCGUGGUCGUGCUGGGCGGAGGGAUCAGCGGCUUGGCCGCUAGUUACCACCUGAGCCGGGCCCCUUGUCCCCCCAAGGUGGUAUUGGUGGAGGGCAGCGAGCGCCUGGGAGGCUGGAUCCGCUCGGUACGAGGGCCAGAUGGUGCUGUCUUUGAACUUGGACCUCGAGGAAUUCGGCCGGCGGGAGUCCUGGGAGCCCGGACCCUGCUCAUGGUUUCCGAGCUUGGCUUGGACUCAGAAGUGUUGCCUGUCCGGGGAGACCAUGCAGCUGCCCAGAAUAGGUUCCUGUAUGUAGGUGGCGCCCUGCACGCCCUGCCCUCUGGCAUCAGGGGGCUACUCCGCCCUUCACCUCCCUUCUCCAAACCUCUGUUUUGGGCUGGGCUGAAGGAGUUGACUACGCCCCGGGGCAAAGACCCUGAUGAGACUGUGCACAGUUUCGCCCAGCGCCGCCUUGGUCCUGAGGUAACACCGCCCAGAAGCCCCCAAAUCCCUCCCCUCCUAAACCAGCUGCAGAUCCCCAUACUCAAACCUUCCACUAGGGCCUCUUCUGUAUCAUCUGAAAACGCCCUCUUCUCUUCAUACCCAGUAGUCCCCCCAAACUCAGUGUUGGGGGUGAAUGCCUUCAUUUCCUUUCCAUCUUUCUGUAAUAGUGGGACUGCUUUCCAACCAAACCCCACCCCACCCCUAUUCUCUGCCAAGCAGGGACAGUGGAAAUUAGUGCAACUUAUUCCUUGGCCUCUCAAUCCCAGUCUCACCCUUAAGGUGGCGUCUCUAGCCAUGGACAGUCUUUGCCGUGGAGUGUUUGCAGGCAACAGCCGUGAGCUCAGCAUCAGGUCCUGCUUUCCCAGUCUCUUCCAAGCUGAGCAAACCCAUCGAUCCAUAUUAUUGGGGCUGCUGCUGGGGGCAGGGCGGGGCCCACAGCCAGACUCAGCACUUAUUCGCCAGGCUCGGGCUGAGCGCUGGAGCCAGUGGUCACUCCGUGGAGGGCUGGAGACAUUGCCUCAGGCCCUUAACACCCACCUGACUAGUAGGGGUGUCAGUGUUCUCAGAGGCCAGCCAGUCUGUGGGCUCAGCCUCGAAGCAGAAGGGUGCUGGAAGGUGUCUCUAGGGGACAGCAACCUGGAGGCUGACCACAUUAUUAGUGCCAUUCCAGCUUCAGUGCUCAGCAAGCUGCUCCCUGCUGAGGCGGCACCGCUGGCUCGCGCUCUGAGUACCAUCACUGCUGUGUCUGUGGCUGUGGUGAAUCUGCAGUACCGAGGAGCUCGUCUGCCUGUCCAGGGAUUUGGACAUUUGGUGCCAUCCUCAGAAGACCCAGGCAUCCUUGGAAUCGUGUAUGACUCAGUUGCUUUCCCUGAGCAGGAUGGGAGUCCCCCUGGCCUCAGAGUGACUGUGAUGUUGGGAGGUUCCUGGUUACGGACAUUAGAAGCCAGGGGCAGUGUCUUAUCUCAGGAGCUGUUCCAAAAGGAGGCAGAGAAAGCAGCUGCCACUCAGUUAGGACUGAAGGAGCCACCAAGUCACUGCUUGGUCCAUCUACACAAGAACUGUAUCCCCCAGUAUACUUUAGGCCACUGGCAAAAACUGGAGUCAGCUACCCAAUUCCUGGCUGCUCAGAAGCUGCCUUUGACUCUGGCUGGAGCCUCGUAUGAGGGGGUUGCUGUCAAUGAUUGUAUAGAGAGUGGGCGCCAGGCAGCAGCCCGUGUCCUGGGCACAGAACCUAACAGUUGAUCCUCAAACCCCACUUCUUCCUGCCCCUGCUCACAGGGAUUCUCUCACCCAUGAAAAUAAAAGAUGCUGGAGCGUG